ACGAAUAGAAAAGUCGUAGACAAGUUGACAAUCGUUUAAAGUGAUAGAAUUGAAUAUAAUCGUUUCUACAACGAUAAUCGCUAACUCCAUACAAAAUGGUAGCCAAGUUACAGUUUUGACAAGCGCUGACGAAACGAUGUCGAAGUUUUUUAUCGAUAACUAAGCGAUCUUAGAGACUCAAUAGUUAACGCUAAAAAAAUGGCGUCUUAUUUGGUGAUCGACAAGUGUUUUGUUUGUUAAACUUAUUUUUUUCUAUUAUUACCUUUUAAAAUGCAUACUUUAAAUAUGUUGUGGUGUGCUCAUAAUGAAGAAGUGUGGCUUAGGCGGCGAAAAAAAGAGACAAAAAUCGUCAGUGCAUGGAAAACAUACGCGAAAUGCCGGCAACAUUAUUUGUGCAGCAAUUUCGGCUAGACAAAACAACCUUUGAAGCUCUUUGUCGUGAACUCCGACACAAGACUUCGUUAAAAGGAACCAAAGAGAUUCCCCUCAAUGUUAAGGUAUUGUGCACUCUUAGUUUCCUAGCAACAGGAUCCUAUCAGCGAAUUGUUGGGGUUUCUCAGCAUCUUGCCCAACGGACAGCUAGUCGGUGCAUAAGACAAGUCAUUGAUGCUUUGAACCACUCUGCUAUCAUGGAAAAAUGGAUCAAGUUUCCGAAAACACGACAAGACAGAGCAUUUAUAAAACAAGAGUUCCAAAGAAGAUUUGGCCUGCCUGGUGUAAUUGGGUGCAUAGACUGCACCCAUAUAGCUUUGGUAAAGCCCAACCAUGAAGAGCAUCUUUUUUAUAAUAGAAAAGGAUAUCAUUCCUUAAAUGUUCAAAUGGUUUGUGAUAGUAAUCUUUUAAUUUUAAAUGUAAAUGCAAAGUUUGGUGGAGCUACACAUGAUUCACAUAUAUGGUCUUCUAGUAGAGUUGAAUUAUAUAUGCGUGAACUUCAUCAAAAUAAUGAGCAGGUGACUCUGGAUAUCCACAACGUCCUUGGCUUAUGACACCUAUCCUCAAUGCAGUUGAAGGUUCUAGGGAAGAACAAUACACUCGAUUGCAUGUGCAAGCCCGUAACUGCAUUGAGCGAUGUUUUGGAUU